CCCCCGGCGCUGCUGCUGCGCUCCGCCCUGCUGUGCGCGGCGCUGGGCUGCGCGGGCGCGGCGCUGAUCCCCCCCGCGGACGUGAAGGUGGAGGUGCUGCACAAGCCUUUCCUCUGCCACAGGAAGACCAAGUGGGGGGACAUGAUGCUGGUUCACUACGAGGGCUUCUUGGAGAGGGACGGCUCCAUGUUUCACUCGACUCACAAGCAUAACAAUGGUCAGCCUAUGUGGUUUACACUUGGCAUAAGGGAAGCUCUCAAAGGCUGGGACAGAGGGUUGAAGGACAUGUGUGUGGGAGAGAAACGGAAGCUAACUAUUCCACCAGCCCUUGCUUAUGGAAAAGAAGGGAAAGGAAAAAUUCCACCUGAGAGCACAUUGAUUUUCAACAUUGACCUUCUAGAAAUUAGAAAUGGACCAAGGUCUCAUGAGUCAUUCCAAGAGAUGGAUCUUAAUGAUGACUGGAAACUAUCCAAGCAAGAGGUGAAAAUUUACCUGAAGAAAGAAUUUGAAAAGCAUGGAGCAGUGGUAAAUGACACCCAGCAUGAUGCUUUGGUUGAAGACAUAUUUGAUAAAGAGGAUGAAGACAGUGAUGGGUUUAUAUCUGCAAGGGAAUUCACAUACAAGCAUGAUGAGCUGUAGAAAGAAAAGGGUGGCAAUAAUGUUUUUUGACACAAAUAGCAGUGACUUAGACUGUCUGGUUCUCGUGUCAUCUUAAUUCUGUGUUUCAGAAUUGACAAUUGCUGUUGGCAAAGAAACACUUUUUUAUAUAAAAGAGAAUUUCUAUUCAUUAUGUACAAGUGUUUUAAACUAUUUUGAAGUGUGAAAAUGUACCUCCUCUUAUGUAGCGAAGACUUGCACAUCAGUGUUUUUAAAAUUUUGUAUUAAAUUAUUUUUCAGAAAUGUAACAGACUUUCCAGCUUUUCAUUAUGAAAAUCAAAAUCCAGUUCAGUGACUUUCUGUGAUUUGUUUGUGUGCCAAGUUCACUUUCAGCAGCUGCCUUAUGUAUUAUUGUAGUCUGUGGCUUAAUUUACCUUCCUUCUUGAGUGUCACUGCUUAAAAAGCAGUGUGCUGACCUUGGGUUUUUUUGCCUACAGAUUUUUGAAGGAUGUAGUAGAAGGCAUCAGCAUCUCUCUGUACAGCUGAGAAACUGAUACAAAGCUGAGUGAAAAGAAUUAUUAUCGUGUGCUGAUUUUGCCCUUCUAAAGGGAGAGUGUUACCACCCAUGCCAGUAAUUGUCUGCAUUUUAUUCUUAAAUUUUGUGAAUGAGGCAGGAGUUAAAUUUCAGCCUUUCACUUCUACUGCCAGCAACAUUGUAGGAGACAUCUGUAAUUUGGAAAGCAGCAAGUUGUGCUGCAGUGCAGUGGUGGUGUCCUUUAAAUGUACACACAUUUGUUUUGAAACUCGGCCUUGGCAUUCAUCGGAAAAGCUCAUACAUUUCUCACAGUUUGAGGGGGGUGAUCUUGAGCAGAAUGUUACAAGUCUCAAGUUUUUCCUCUUUGCAGAAGGGAGUGUACUGACAAGAGGAUCAGUAUGGUCUGAAGAACAAUUUCCAUGGGCUUGUCUGCUUUUGCAGCUGCAUGAGUUGCAGAACUCAUUUCAUUGCCCCUUUGCAGCAUUUUUUCACAAGUAGCACGCAAGUGAUAAGAAUUUUAAAUAAAAAAGUGAAUUUUUAGAAAAAUAGAAGUAAGUGAGGUAAGUGUUAUGGUGCUGUGUCUUUACAGAGGUGGAGAUCAUUAGGAUUUCAAACACAAAACUGGAGUUCAAAGAACUCUUUGGAGAAGAAGAAACAUUUUGCAAUUGUCCGUGGUUUCUUAAAUGAGAGGGCUAGGUAUCACAGGGACAGAAUUUAUUCUGACAUGACUAACCUAUGGGUCUAUGAACUGAAAACUGAUGCCCAAAGUUAUGUAAGGAUGCAAAGCAAAUCCAGUUGUAUGAGAUUGCUGCAUUGCACUAACCCUUAACUACCACAUACUCAGACUCUGCAUUCAAGGUUCUCAGUGCCAUAGGUGUGUUAGAUGUUUCCCUGCCACCUAGUGUUGCAACUGAGGAUUAGGGAAUUGCUUCAUUGAACUGAGUUCAGCUGCAGAGUGCAUUUAGAGAUGCCUGUCAAUAGUGAUGACUGGGGGAAAAGGAAAGUUGUAAAUGAGGGUGUGCAGCCCUGGGCUGUUCUGUUUUGGUUUUCUUCCAGCAUGUGACAUUUUGUUCUAAGUGACAGGGAAUUGCAACCAUAAAUUUUGUUUUCAGUAACCUGAGGUCUUUUUCUUCAGUGAUGCUAUCUGCUUUUCUUGAACCCAAUAAAA